GCAAGUUAGUGGACAAAGUCAUUCCACAAACGACCUGUUCCGGAUUGGUUCGCGGAUUGGCGAACGUUGGACGGCACUUUUACUUCAGAGGGUUCAUUUCUCACCUGUUUAACACUCCAGGGAUGGGAAAUGUCGUUUCGUUAUGGGAUUUCACUGUCCCCAACAAGAAAUGUUUAUCGGACUUGUACAUAUCCGUAAUAAUUAGCGAAAAAGCCGUAACCAACAAAAUGUACACAAUUUGAGUAAUUGCAGGAGUGAAAAGAAGCUAGAUUUGUCUUCUAAAUGCUCACAAAGUUUCCUUGAUAUCACUUUUCUAACUAUUGAAAAUCACUGAUUAAGUGAAAGGCGUAAUCCCAUUCUAUUCCAAACGAACAAAAACAAGAAUUACGCCUUCUACUCCUUUGUUUUGUUUGGUGUUUUGUUUACGAAAGUGAAAGGCGAAACUGAUAUCAACACGUAAACUCGGCGAUAGUAGAAGGCGAAACUGAAAUCAAAACGUAAACACGGCGAAAGCAAAUGGCGAAAUUCUGUCAAAAUCAUAAACAAGGCUAAUAGUAAAAGGCGAUUCUGAAAAUGAUUUCGAUUCGAGGCGCAUAGUAUUGGGCGAAAUUAGCAUUCUCAGUUAUCAAUUCAGGCGUAAUUAAAUAAACGCAAUUUUUAGUGCAAAAAAUAUCAAAUUCGUGCAGUGUUCUUAGAAAAACAAGAAACUAUGUCAGAACUGUAUCAAUUAACCUUAUUUAAGUUGAAUUAUUCUGUAUUACUUCAAAAUAGGAAUUAAAAUUUGAUCAGCAAAAUUCGGUUUUUGUUUUCGCAUUGUUAUUGGUUUGUUAGUUACGCCCUAUUCGCGAAUUACUCCCGAUAUAAUAUCAGGGACAGACUGGUGGUAUUCGUACCAUGGUACAAGUUGUCAAGAAAAUUAUUACAAGGCUGUCUUGACUGAUGAUAAUAUUGUCGGGCCGCCACUAAACCGGACCGCGCUGGCGCGAGUUGCGAUGCGACGUUUACUCGCGACGAUAGAUUUUGACGUCUCUAUGUCAAUCUGACAUCAUCACUGUCAACACAUUUAGCUUUGUUUGCAAUUCUGUUUACUCGAGACUGAUGAAAAGUAUCUUAAGUUGAAUUCUAAAACUUAACUUAAUUUAUUUAUCAAAAAACUGCCAUGGAAUCAAACAUCAUCAUUCAAAACGUUCGUCAUCAGCACGCCAGCAGCAACACGGUUUAUCACGCACUCUACGGUCAUUUUUUUCUCGGAAUAUCGAAGAACAACCUUGCUACUAUUUACGGCAAAUCCCGAUCAACUAUAUUCGAGUGGUUCUCCAAGUAUGAAACAGACGGGAUUUUUCGGAGGAAGCGACGUGAGCAGGCGUUCAAGAAAUUCAACACGAAUAUGCGAGAAUGGCUAGUCAACCUGUAUCAGAAUGAGCCAUUCCUUUUCUUGGAUGAAGCGAAGGCACGGUUUCAACGGAAUUUCAAGUUGUCCAUAAGUGUGUCAUCUAUAUGCACGAUAUUACACGAGUCUGGAUUGUCCUGGAAGACCAUCGAAAGAAGGGCUAUCCAGAUACGGGAGGAUGAAAUAGUCCGGUUUGUCAAGGAAAUGCUGUCGGUACCAUGGGACAUUUAUAACCUGGUUUUUCUGGAUGAGGUAAGCUUCGACAACAAAGAUAUGUUGCGUAAAAAAGGCUACGGGGUCGUUGGACAGAAGCUUAUUUACCGUGGGGAGUUUUGCAGAAAGCCCAGGGUGUCUUUCCUAUGCUUUCUUGGAAUGAACGGUAUGCUGGAUAGCUUUUGGGUUGAAGGAACUUUUAACAGACAAAACUUUUUUAGCUGUUGUCGGAAUUUUGCUCUAAAUAAUACCCAUGUUGAACGAUAUCCAGGCAUGCAUUCCAUUUGGAUUUUGGACGGAGCUAGAAUUCAUUGCGAUGCAAAUAUUGUGAGAUAUUUCCGUUCAAUUGGCAUCAUCCCUAUAUUCCUACCAGCAUACUGUCCGUUUUUCAACCCCAUUGAGAUAGUGUUUGGCCAAAUCAAGUUUUACCUAAGAAGAACUUAUCAAGAAAAAGGAUCAAUUUUGAAAGAAGUUUGUUCGUCAAUGAAUGCGUUCAAAAAUUAUGAGUGUAAAAAAACAUUUGAAAACUGUGGAUACUUGCCGGGGGGCGUAUUUCUUCCCGAGAAAGGACUUGCUCAAGACCCGAAAUACUUAGAUUUUAAUAUUACCCCUGAAUGAAAACCAUCAGCCAUGUUAAAAAAAGCAUAAUAAAAAAAAGAUAAAAUUUAAACAUUGAUUGUUUUAUUUGAGCUUUGAAAGCAGGUACAGGUGAUACUUUUGCACUACGAACUGAUUUUGUUAACUAUUCCGCAUG